CCCUGUGGCACCGGGUCCCUCCUCCUCCUCCUUCUGCGCUGCUGAUCUUCUGUUGCUCUCAGCUGGCGCUGGAUCACUCAGGCUUACUGUUGCUAUCCGCUACUUUUCACCAACUUUACUUCUCACGUCGUCGUGGUGCGUUAUUGUGCAUCACCGCUCGCCGGAGAGAUUUAGUAAAAGUUGCGGCUGCAAAAUGGACUAAAGGCAUCAAGUCUGCACCGUGUGUGGGUUUUUUUUUAUUUUAUUUUAUUUUCUGCACCCUUUCUGAGGGGUUGAAAUCAGCAGCAUGGAAGAGCAAGACGGGCACCUGGAGAACGUUAUCCACGCCGCCAAGGACUCGGACCGACAGGAGCGGCUCAGGCUUUGUGUCCUAAAUGAAAUCUUGAACACCGAGAGGGAUUAUGUUGGGACAUUACGCUUCCUCCAGUCGGCAUUUUUGCACAGAAUCCGACAAACUGCAGAUGACCAACAGUGUCUCUCACCCGAAAACGUUAAGAUUCUCUUUUCAAAUAUCGAGGACAUCCUGGAGCUGCACGUAGACGUGCUGCGGGCUGUGGAGGCCCGUCUGCAGCCAGAACCUCAGCCUCAGCACGCUCUGGGCUACGUGUUUCUUGAUUUUAAGGACAGAUUCUCUGUGUACGGCGAGUACUGCAGUAACCAUGAGAAGGCUUUGCGGCUCCUCAUGGAACUAAACAAGAUCCCCAACGUCAGAACCUUCCUGUUGCACUGUAUGCUACUGGGAGGUAAGAAAAGCACAGAUAUUCCUCUGGAGGGUUAUCUUCUCACUCCCAUACAGAGGAUCUGCAAGUACCCUCUGCUGCUUAAGGAGCUGCUGAAACGGACUCCAAAGAAGCACACGGAUUAUCCAGCAGUGGAAGAAGCUCUGCAGGCCAUGAAGGCUGUCUGCUCCAACAUCAAUGAGACCAAGAGGCAGAUGGAGAAACUGGAGGCUCUGGAGCAACUGCAGUCCCACAUUGAAGGCUGGGAGGGAACCAACCUGACAGAUAUCUGCACGGAGUUGCUUCUUCAUGGCAACCUGCUUAAAAUCUCAGCUGGCAACAUCCAGGAGCGAGUCUUCUUUCUCUUUGACAACCUUUUGGUUUACUGUAAGAGGAAAUCUAGGGUUUCUGGAAAGAAGUCCACCAAGAGGACCAAGUCCAUUAACGGGCCCCUCUAUGUGUUCAGAGGUCGAAUCAACACUGAGGUGAUGGAGGUGGAAAAUGUAGAAGAUGGAACAGCGGAUUAUCACAGCAACAAUUACACCGUGACGAACGGCUGGAAGAUCCACAACACGGCUAAAAACAAGUGGUUUGUCUGCAUGGCCAAAAAUGCAAAGGACAAGCAGAAGUGGCUUGAUGCUAUAUUGAAGGAGCGGGAGCAAAGAGAGAGUCUCAAACUGGGUAUGGAGCGGGAUGCCUAUGUGAUGAUUGCAGAGAAGGGGGAGAAGCUCUACCACAUGAUGAUGACCAAGAGCCGGCACCUGAUUAAAGAUCGACGCAGGAAACUCAGCAUUGUGCCCAAGUGCUUCAUGGGAAAUGAGUUUGUGUCCUGGCUGCUAGAAAGUGGAGAGAUCAGCAAACCAGACGAAGGGGUCAACCUGGGUCAAGCUUUGUUGGAAAAUGGCAUCAUUCACCACGUGUCAGACAGACAUCAGUUCAAGAAUGAACAGGUGAUGUAUCGCUUCCGCUAUGAUGACGGCACCUACAAGGCCCGCAGCGAGAUGGAGGACAUCGUGUCGAAGGGUGUCAGACUGUACUGCCGCCUUCACAGCCUCCACACGCCUGUCAUCAAGGACAGAGACUAUCAUUUGAAAACCUUUAAAUCUGUGGUGCCUGCGAGCAAACUGGUGGACUGGCUUCUCUCACAGGGAGACUGCUCGACCCGCGAGGACGCUGUGACGCUGGGUGUGGGGCUCUGCAACAACGGUUUCAUGCACCACGUCUUGGAGAAGAGCGAGUUCAAAGACGAUUCACAGUUCUUUCGUUUCUACGCCGACGAAGAGACAGAAGGUACCGGUACCAAGAGCAAGCAGCUCCAGCGCAGUGACUUCAAACUCAUAGAGAACAUUUUGGCCAAGUCCCUUGUGAUUCACCCUGAAGAGGAAGACUACGGCUUUGAGAUUGAGGAGAAAAACAAGGCCAUUGUGGUGAAAUCCGUCACCAGGGGCUCACACGCUGAGAUGGCAGGACUGCAGGUGGGCAGGAAGAUCUACACCAUCAACGAGGACCUGCUGUUCCUCAGGCCUUUCUCCGAGGUGGAAACCAUGAUCAGCCAGGCAUUCUGCAUACGACGCUCCCUACGGCUGCUGGUCACCACCAAAGCCAAGGAGAUUGUAAAGGUUCCUGACAACCCAGAUACCCUCUCCUUUAGACUCUGUGGCUCCGCCCCUCCUCAUGUCCAUGCUGUCAGGAAAGGCUGGGAGGCGGCGGGGGCGGGUCUCCAACCCGGUCAUGUGAUCCUCAAGGUCAAUGGCAACAACGUCAACCAGAGUGAUUACAGAGAGGUCCUGGAGCACUUCACUGCACAACACACACACCGGGAGCCUCCUCAUCUGUGUCAGUGGGUGUAUCGCGCAUUUGAGGAUGUGGAAGAAGUGCAUAGAGGAGGAAGUGCCGAAGUUCUUCCAUUGGAGAACGGCUCAGACCAUGAGGAGGAGAAUGACACCAAAGGAACAGACUGCAGGCUGCAAAGACUCUCCCUCUCCAGUGAUCUUCCACUCAUCAAUCUGACUGUGGAUAAUGUCCACCUGGAGCACGGUGUGAUCUAUGAAUACGUCAGCACUGCUGGUAUCAAGAGCCACGUCCUGGAGAAGAUGGUGGAGCCCAAAGGCUGCUUCAGCCUCACUGCUAAGAUCCUGGAGGCGUUUUCUGAUGAUGACAGCCACUUUGUGUGUAACUGCAGCCAGCUCAUCUCCCAGAACGACAAAGUAGUUUCCAUGCCUCAGUAUGAGUUCAGACAAAUAUGUGACACCAAGCUGGAGAGUAUCCGGCGCCGCGUUAGCAGCUACGAGCAGUUUGCCUUGGAGCUGAGGAACAGGGCGUGGCCCACCUUCAAGCAGGCUGGGGUUUGUCCUCACCCACUGGGCUGCAUGGACUUUGUUCCCACCAACUGCCAUGUCAACUUGAUGCAAGUUUCCUAUCCCAAAAGCACCACCUCUGCUGGCAGGACUUUCAGCAUCCGCUUUGGGCGGAAGAACUCCCUGUUUGGCAUGGAUCCUGACCAAGCACAACUCAACCCCAUGUCACACACCCUGCACUGUGUGACCAGUAUGGGCGCUCCUACCUGGAACUGCACCGGCUUGGAAGGGGAUGAGCCGGAAGGCAACGGGGAGGUGACCAUGGAUGGAGGAGACUGUAGACAAGGUGGCCACGGGGAAGGCGGGUUGAGCAAUUUGCUCAAACAGGAGGACACGGAAACCCAGAACACCUACAUUCAGCUGUACAGUCGCCUGGACGUGGCCGUGCGGGAGAUGAGGCAGUAUGUCACUCAGAUAGACGUCUUGUUAUCAUCUAUCACCGAACCCACACAGCUCCAAAGGGAGGGCGAGGAGCCUGCGGUCUACGAGUCGAGCCAGCUGCCCUCGAUGGCCCCCUGUGAGGACGGCUGCGACCAGGACAAAGUGGAACAAGGUGGCAUUAAAAGGGUCUGUUUCAAGGUGACCGAAGAUGAUCAGGAGGACUCAGGCCAUGACACAAUGAGCUACAGGGACUCCUACAGUGAGUGCAACAGCAACAGAGAUUCCGUUCUGUCCUACACCAGUGUCCGGAGCAACAGCUCCUAUCUCGGAAGUGAUGAGAUGGGAUCAGGGGACGAGCUGCCGUGUGACAUGAGGAUUCCCUCAGACAAACAAGACAAACUGCACGGCUGCCUUGAGCACCUUUUCAACCAGGUUGACUCCAUCAACAGCCUGCUCAAAAGCUCGGACAUGACCAGGGCCUGUGAAGAAACCAAGCACUUUUACUCUGACCACAGCCAUCCAGUCAUCAGCUUUAUGCGAACAGAGUUUUGCCAGACAGAGGACUGGACCGUACGGUGUCGCUCUGACAUCCAUAAGAACAUCCUGGAGGACCCUUGGAACCUUCCCACCGCAAUCAAAUCCCUGGUAGAGGGACUGCAGAGAUUUGUGGACUAUGGAAAGAACCAGCUGCUUCUGGCUCUGCUCAAGUGCACAGAUACGUCUCUGCAGCUGCGGCGAGAUGUGAUCUUCUGCCAGGUGGCGACGGCUGCGCUGUGCACGCUGGCCGAGCAGCUGCUAGCGGCCCUGCGAGUGCGGUUCAACAACGCCGGCGAGUACCAGGAAGACGGCAAGGAGACCAGCCACAAGUGGUUGGAGCAAAUAUCUGUGAUUGGCGUGCUGCUGCACUUCCAGUCCACACUUGCACCACACGUGAAAGAGGAGCGGACGAUGCUGGAGGACACCAAGGCUGCCCUGUUGGACUUGGACAAAGUCACUGUGUUCUUCAGGCAACUGGAGGACGAGUGUCUUGUCGCAAAUACGCCUGUUUGUUACCAGGUGGAGGGCAGCAGACAGACCCUGAGGGUCACCCUCUACCUUGACAGCUGUCACUUCAAUGAGCUGCCUAGCCGGCUCCAGAAUGGAAACAGCCUCAAGCUCCACACCGUCCUCUUCACCAGAGCACUGGAGCGUCCUGAGGGAGUGUCCCAGCAGGAUCACACCCCUAUGGAGGAGUUCCAGCAGCGCAUCAACGCUGUCUCGCUAGAGAAGGUCAAGGCUUACUACCGCAGACUCAGGGCAUUUUAUUUGGAGAAGUCGAAUCUUCCCACAGACUCCAAUACCACAGCUAUGAAGAUCGACCAGAUACUGGGCCUUGAAGUUAGAGACCUUCAACCAAGCAUUUCAAAACUUCUGCGGCCGCUCAACACUCUGGACGACCUGUGCCGACUAAUGCAGUCGUACAUCAAUGUGCGUCCGAGCGCCCAAGGUCACCCGUCGGGUGUCAGCGUGCUGUGUGUGUCCUCGGAGCUGUGUAACCGCCUGGGAGCGUGCUACAUCACCAUGUGUGGUACUGGCAUGCAGAGAUGUUCCCUGAGUGUGACUCUGGAACAAGCCAUGAUCCUCGGGAGGAACCACGGCCUCAUGCCGCGCUGCCUCAUGCAGACUAUCGACAUUAUGCGCAAACAGGGUGCAAGAGUUGAGCUCUCUGCUAAAAACCUGAAGGUAAUGGACCAGAUGCCUCCUUUGGCUCCAAGGCUUUUCAAACUAUGCUUGCCACCCUCAGAUGGAGAACUCUAAGAAAACUGUCACUUUAUUUUUAAUCUAAACCUCCUCGGAGACAAAAGGUGAAAGUGAACAAUAUGAUGGGAGAUGACAUGAACAAAAAGCACAAGUGUCACUGCGGUGGGAUAAAUCUUGUUUGUUCCCAAUGACCCAGUUCCACGAUGAACAUUCCAGCAUGGAUACGGCUUGAUUCUUCUGUACAGAUGACUGACAACCUGGUCAGACUGAUAAAGACUAGUCUUGUUUUCUUGCACUGGGAAGCACUCACACAAAAGUAAUACUGCCUUGACUCUCUGUCUAGAUGAAGCUGACAAACAACUUCCACAUGGAACUGGCACCAAAUAUUGACCAGUUGCCAGUUUUGCUGCAGCCUCAAUAAGAAGAUGUCCUCAAAGUUUCUGCUCAUAGCUGAUCUGUUGUGACUAACUGGAUUAACCAAACUACCUGUAGCUGACUCUCAUCUUAAAUGCAGAUGUUACCCAGUUUGCCUUGGACUGCAAAUCCAGAGAGCCGUCUGUUUGGGCUGGUGUUCCACAGGGCUCCGUGUUAGGACCCCAUGGGAAGUAGAAAAAUUGGACGCUGUGUUAUUCAUGUGCGAUAGCUGGCUGAGCAUAAACACAGACGUCAGUGGGUAGAUUGUUGGAUGAAAAAGAUGUUUAGGGACAAAUUGAAAAAACAGAUUGUGGGGAGUGGGGCGGGGGGGCUGCUCAUUCUUCGGCCCACUGCAUGUGGUUACUGUGCAAUUACUGUAGGAUUAGUGUGAGUACUGUAUUACUGCACUAUAUGAAGGAUAACUAUUUAUUGUUUCUGGAAGGAGUAUUUUACCCCUCACGUACAUGUCAGGUAUUAAAGAAUUUAAAAGCAUUUCUGCCUACUUAUGGAACAGUAUUUAAAGGACCAAUGGCAUGCCAUUUUUUAAGACUCAACUACUUAUGUAUUUUAUUUUAUUUAUGUGAAUUAUCAGAAAGUGUUACCUUAAUAUUCAUGGAAUGCAGGGCAGGGGCAGUGACCAGGAGCUAGCUAAUCAGAAUCAGGACAAAGGAAGCUGUAGGUAAUGACUAGAGCUGUUUGUUUGUCAACAAAGAGAACAGGUUGGGAUAUUAAAUUAUUAAUAUAUUAGUUGAACUUUCCUAGUUGAAGGAUCAUCUUCUGAUAACUUGGCCGUGAUGCUGAUUUUAAAACUAGCUUUGGUAUUUACUGUAGGAAUUAGAAUGUACACGACUGGUCCGUUCAAGUCGCCGUAUUAGCAAAAAGUACUGUAAACACUUUGCAGGUAAACAAAGGGAUUAUUUUUUCUUUUAUGAGUGAAACAGUAACUUUACUGAAGAUUUUGAAUUCUUGUACAUAAAAACUGUAAGAGAGGAAAACUAGGAUAUGGUUUAUGAGCAGCAGAGUAAUGCUAUAAGUUAAAUUGGAUUAUUUUUAUGGAGAUAAUAUACUAUAUAAAGCAUUUAUUUUAUUUUAUUUUUUUUUGUAUUUACGAAUGUGCAUUUGAUGAGAGGUUGUUUCUCUUUGCUGUGCACAUCCUGACUGACAGCUUGGUUUUAAACUGUUCAACUUGCAUUUCAACAUGGUUUUAUGUGUCAUCAUGCUGCAUUCAUUAGACAAAUCAUUUAGUUUUUAAUUUAUUUAAAAGCAGUCUGAUCCCAGUUAAAUCCCAUGAUUCAUUUAUCUUAGCCCCGGCACAGCCAGCGGUGACUUUAAUUAUUGGAUAUUUCCAUAUUUCAGUUUACCGUAUUAGAAAUUACCCAUGAAUGCAUCAGAAGUUACCUCAAGUUGUUGUAAAAUAUCAAAUACGGUCUGUUUUAAUGUCUGCAGCAUGUCAGCGGAGCUGGACAAAUACUUCACGGAUUAAACGUUUAUUUACAUUAUGCUAAUGUUUCAUUUUUGUAUAUACUUUUUUGCAAUUGUAUGUUGCCUGAAAAUAACUGUACAAAGAAUCUUUCUAAAAUGAUCAUUGUAAAUGGAAUCUUAACAAGUUAGUAAAUAAACUGUUCACAGCA